AUGGCCAACGCAGGGCUGCAGCUCCUCGGCUACUCUUUGGCUUCUCUGGGUCUCCUGGGACUCGUCGCAUCCACGGCCAUGGCCGAGUGGAAGAUGCCCUCAUACGCCGGAGACAACAUCAUCACCGCGCAGGACAUGUAUGAGGGGCUCUGGCGCUCCUGUGUGUAUCAGAGCACCGGACAGAUGCAGUGCAAAGUCUACGACUCCUUACUGCAGCUGCCUGCAUUUGUUCAGGCGGCUCGCGGUUUCAUGAUCACCUCAAUCUUUCUGUGCGGUGUUGGUCUGCUGGUCGCUGCUGUCGGCAUGAAGUGCACCACCUGCCUGUCUGACAACAAAGAACAGAAGAACAAAGUGGCUGUGGCUGGAGGCUCCCUCUUCAUCAUUGCAGAUAUGGUUUGUGCUCUCGCCGCCACCAGCUGGUAUGGAGAAAACAUAAGAAAGAAGUUCUUCGAUCCGUUUACUCCUACAAAUGCAAAAUAUGAGUUCGGGAAGGCUCUGUACGUGGGCUGGGGCGCCUCGGCUCUGACCCUCAUCGGCGGGAUCAUGCUCUGCUGUAACUGUGCGAGUAAACCCGCUGGGAAAUCCUACCCGCCUCCUCACGCCGCAGGACGACCGGGAACCGACCGCGUGUGAAUCCAGUCACAAACAG